UUGCGAGAACUGCGAGAACCAGUGUGAACACAUGGCAAAAUUGUAAAUAUAUUGAAUUCUAACAAAAACACACGGUGUCAUAAUUGUAAAUAUAUGGGUCUGUAACAUAAACACGUUUGUCCCCUGUUUUAGGGUUUCUUUAUCACAUUUGUUCCCAAUCCACAAUCUGCAUCAUCAUCAUCUACAUUUUGAUUGAGGUUCACGGCUGUUCACGGCGGCUUACCGGCGGCACAUAUGAGUUUACGGUGGUUCUCGCGACAUUAGACAGCAGUUUAUCCCAUAAAUUUCAUCCCACAAAUUUCAUUGCUGGGGCAUUCAGGAUUAUUGCUACAUAUGGCGUCCUUUGAUUCAUCCCGUGUUGAAAUAUCUCGUGUUAAACCUACCGCAUCCGAUGAUACUAACCCACCAAUAUCUGAAUAUCAUCCUCAUACAUCUGAUAAUACCUAUCUUGGUGGUCCAGCUGCUGCCAAACCCGUAUAUGCUAUCAAUCCAAUUGAAAGUUGCAAAAUUGUGUACACAACAGUUGAUAGUCGACAUUCCCUUCAUGGAUUUGAAAUACCUACUCUUGAUUACCAGCUAAUGUUACGGUUUCAUCUGGGAAUGCAUAUGGGAAUGUCAAUAUAUCUGACCAAUCGUUGUCGAUUGACACUACUUCGACUGGUACAACACCCACAAAUACAGAACAACCUCAAUUGCAGUUCAUUCGGUUUGAGACUUAAGGAACGGUUAUGGCUGCUAUACAUUCUACACCCAAUGGCACCCCAUAUUGGAUACUUGAAGUUGAUGUUGAAUACAGACUUGAAGUUGCAGUCCAUUCGACUUGUGACUAAAGGAUGGCAGCAAACAAAGGGGCUUGGGUGGCGGACAACUACAAAAAAAUAGGGGAGGCAACUGUGUGGGAUUGGCAAUGGAAGAACAAUCUGACAACCGGGGAGGCAUUGGUGGAGUUUAUGUAGCUUUUGGUGUUGCUGAGAGACACCGGAAUGAAGACGGAUCAAUAUGGGUGGGGUUGGCACUCGGAAAAAUAAGUCGACUUUCAAUGUUAAAACCGUUAGAGAGUAUUUGUGUGUCACAAGCGGGACCCGUCGAGUGGCUUUGUAAUGAUCUGGAAUGGCUGGGCUACACCUAAAGCCAAUAUGUUAGCAUGGAAAGGCGUCGAAGGUAGGUUACCGACAAAGACGGAUCUGGAAAAAAGGGGAAUUCAGAUCAGCAACACAUUGUGCCCGAGUUGUGGAUACGAGCAAGAAACUAUUGAACACAUCCUCAUUACGUGUUUGAUGUCAAAAACGCUACGGUGGAUGGUGUGGAUGGUCGGAUCAUGGCUGGGAGUAAAAGAUUUACAUUAUUGCUCAACAGUGGCAUAUAUUCUCUCUUUUUCCUAAGAAGAAGAAAAAGGUAGUCAACUACAUAGUGAUUACUACAUUAUGGAUCAUAUGGUCGAGCAAAAAUGAGAAGGUAUUCAAAGUCGUGCAGUUUUCAAAUGAUAUAAGACUGGAACAAGUCAAUGAGUGUACUCUGUUGUGGAUGAAAGUCAUAGCCAAAAUGGAGAAUUUAGUGACUGAAGAGUGGUACACCAGUGGUGUGAAUGUAAUAGAAAAUUAGGAGUUUAUAUGUUUAUUUUAAGCGUACUUCUCUAGUUCUUGGCUAGAUUUCUGGU